AUAAUUAUUUUCUAUAGCAAAAGAGGAAAAAAAAGAAAUAAUAUUUUCAUUCCAUUAAAUUAAUUAAAAAUAUUUGCAACAUAACAAAAUAAAAGUGCUGGAAGUGGAGUAAAUAAACAAUAUGCUGACGCUUAGAGAAAGACAAAUAAAUGCUAUUAAGCAAAUGCUUAAUCUUAAUGUGCAACAGCCCAAAGUUUUAGCGGCUGAACCUGUUUGGAAAAUAUUGAUCUAUGACCGUGUAGGUCAAGAUAUCAUUUCGCCCAUUAUAUCUAUUAAAGAACUAAGAGAAUUGGGUGUAACAUUGCAUGUACAACUGCAUUCCGAUCGUGACUCAAUACCAGAUGUUCCUGCCAUUUACUUUUGCAUGCCUACAGAUGAAAAUCUGGAUCGCAUACAGCAGGAUUUUACCAAUGGCCUUUAUGACAUCUAUCACUUGAACUUUUUGGCUCCCAUAUCAAGACAGAAAAUCGAAGAUUUAGCUGCUGCCGCCCUACAGGCCGGCUGUGUGGCUAAUAUACAUAGAGUAUAUGAUCAGUAUGUAAACUUUGUUAGUUUGGAAGAUGAUUUCUUUAUAUUGAAACAUCAAAAAAGCGACCAAUUGUCUUACUAUUCCAUUAAUCGUGCCAAUACACGAGAUGAUGAAAUGGAGGCUCUUAUGGAUUCUAUAGUGGAUUCUUUGUUUGCUGUCUUUGUUACAUUGGGUAAUGUGCCCAUUAUACGGUGUCCCCGUAAUAGUGCAGCCGAAAUGGUGGCCCGCAAAUUAGAAAAGAAAUUGCGUGAAAAUCUGUGGGAUGCUCGUUCUAAUUUGUUUCACAUGGAUGCUACUCAAGCAGGGGGUGGAGUAUUUAGUUUUCAACGUCCUGUAUUGCUGCUGCUAGAUCGUAAUAUGGAUUUGGCUACUCCUUUACAUCACACCUGGUCUUAUCAGGCUUUAGUGCAUGAUGUUUUGGAUUUGGGUUUGAAUUUGGUGUAUGUGGAAGAUGAGGCGGCAGCUGGAGGCACCCGCAAAAAACCCAAGCCUUGCGAUUUAGAUCGCAAUGAUCGUUUCUGGAUUAAUCACAAAGGCAGUCCCUUUCCCACUGUAGCCGAAGCUAUACAAGAAGAACUAGAAUCCUAUCGCAAUUCCGAGGAGGAAAUAAAACGUCUUAAGACUUCUAUGGGUAUUGAUGGCGAAAACGAAGUGGCCUUUUCCAUGGUCAACGAUACCACAGCACGUCUUACCAAUGCUGUGAAUUCAUUGCCUCAGCUAAUGGAAAAGAAACGUUUGAUAGAUAUGCACACAAAAAUUGCCACCGCCAUACUUAAUUGUAUUAAACAAAGGCGAUUGGAUUCUUUCUUUGAGCUUGAAGAGAAAAUCAUGUCUAAACAGACUUUGGAUAAACCUUUACUGGAGAUGUUUAAGGAUCCCGAAUUUGGCACUGUUGAGGAUAAGCUUAGGUUGUUUGUUAUUUUCUAUAUAUGCUCACAGAAUGUUCCCGACUAUGAGAUCGAACGUCUAAAAGAGUCUCUACAAGAAGCUGGUUGUGAUUUAUCUUCUCUGGCUUAUAUAAAACGUUGGAAGGGCAUUAUGAAUCGUACACCAAGUAUGCAGCAAGCCACCCAGUAUGAGGGUGGUGGCACUAAGACUGUUUCGAUGUUUUCGAAAUUGGUGUCGCAGGGCUCGUCGUUCGUUAUGGAGGGCGUUAAGAAUUUGGUGGUGAAAAAACAUAGUCUUCCCGUUACCAAAAUCACCGAACAGGUCAUGGAGUGUCGCAGCAAUCCCGAAACCGAUGACUAUCUCUAUUUGGAUCCCAAACUGUUGAAGGGUGGUGAUGUUAUGCCCAAAAAUCGUGCUCCCUUCCAGGAUGCUGUUGUGUUUAUGGUGGGCGGUGGCAAUUAUAUUGAAUAUCAAAAUUUAGUAGAUUUUAUACGUCAAAAACAAACUGCCAAUGUAACCAAACGCAUUGUCUAUGGCUCGUCGACUCUAACCAAUGCCAAGCAGUUCCUAAAAGAACUGUCGGCCUUGGGCAGGGAAAUACAGGGUCCCGUCUUAAGUUAGGAUUUUGCAUAUUUAGCUAAACGUUCACAUUUCAAGUGCUGUUGAACAAUAAACACACUAUACAACAAAUUAUAAACAGCGUCGCUGAAAACUUUAUAUACCAUACACAUAUAAUAAAGAUUUAAACAUAAUAAUUUAAAUUUGAUUUCUUGUUUAUGACGGAUAUUGGCAUAAGAUAUAUAGUUUACAUUGGCUUUAAGUUAAGAAUUUUAUGUUUUGUGUGUUAAAGUGUAAUGCAUACAUUUAUUAAUAAUAUAAUUUUUUUAAAUAAAAUAAAUUUAGAGAUUUUAUUAAAGGGAA